AUGCGUCGAUUUAUCCUAAUUUCCACAUGCUUGGUGGGUUUUUUAAUGACCAUUUUUGAAACUAAUAAAAAACUUUCAUCUUUUAAAAAUUAAUUUUGCUUUCCAGGUGCUUGCUCACGCUGGCAUCGACAUUUGUGAAUACUACAAACUCAUCGGCAAACUUUCCGAGCAUCCCGAGUGCGCAAAACAAUUCCCAACUCCCGCGCCAACCACCGAAGCACCGAAGAAUCGGUUUCUGCUCGAGUUCAGCAGCGCUGAUUCAGUGCACAGCCGACGCGCAAACUUGCCCACUCUCCGGGCAGGUUUGUAUUCAAUCCGAUGGUAAUAAAUGCUGUCAAAUCGUCACUGCAGGUAAUUUAUUUUUCCGAAAUUUUUUAUUUAAAAAAAAACUAGCAAACUUUCAGGAAUCCCAGCAUCUGAGAUCAACAGUAAAUCAGGAUCUUGUCCACGUCCUUUGGGAAUUUCAGUCCUUCAAGACACCACAAUCGGUUGUUGGAUGGACUCAAAUUGCCCAGGAAUUCAAAAAUGUUGCGUCGAGCCAAACCCGGUCACCAAUUCCGCCACGAGAAUCUGCAGAGAUCCAGUCGGCAUCUCAUCCACCAAUCUCUGCUCUCUCCCCCUCGCUGUUGGAUCUUGUACAGCUCCAGCCAUCCGUUUCUACUAUGACGCAUCGUCGGGAAGAUGUAAUCAAUUCAUGUUCAGUGGAUGUGGAGGAAACGCGAAUAAUUUCCAAUCCCUGGCUUCCUGCCAAGCAACUUGCGGGCAUAGCGGAGUUACCGGAACUCCAGCUUGUCCAGCUGAUGCUAAUGCUGGUUUGAAUUGUCUUUUCGCUCACGCCGAUGCUUGCAACAGUGAUCGUGAUUGUCUAGGAAGAGAGAACACCGUAAGUCAUUUUGCUCCUUUUUCCAAAUUCAAUUGUUCUUUUUCUGCUCACUUUUUCCCCUUCCCUCACUUCAAUAAAAAACUUAAGUUCACAAAUUUCCAGGCUCAACCAUCAUGUUGUAUGACUAGCUGUGGAUACAAAAUCUGCUAUCAAUAUUAA